AUGGCGGCCAACUCCGCAGAGAAGGCGCGGCCCCUGGAGCAGUGCGAGAGAGAUCUGGACGUGGCGAUCGAGUGCCGGGUCAACCUGCGGUUAGAUGCCGCUGGUGCUCAUCAUGAUGACGUCCACCCCGCCACCGCUGCCGCCGCCGAAGAAGAAGAGGAGCAGCGCACCGUCGAUGUUCAUGUUCCGUCAGACGGUAGCGACGACCGCACGGAUCAGUGGAUCGAGAGUUUCAUGGAAGCGAUGGCGAGCGUCGAGAACUGGGGCGACGCCAGGGCCCGCGCCGCCGGGCUCCUGAAGGACUUCGACGCCUCCGUUGAAUCGACAACGCCAAAAGAAGAUCACGAACUGGCAGAUCGAACACCAGCAUUACAUCGAUGA